GUACUCUAGCUAGAAUCCAAUUCAAUUCAAUUGAAUUCAAUUUAAUUUCAGUCAUUUAUUUUUAUUUGCGCUGUAGUAAGAGGUGAAUAAAUAAUAAGUAGAAAAAUAUCUUGAUUAACCGGUUAGACUUCAAAUUCUCUUCAAAUAAAAGAAUUAAUUUGAGCAGUUAUCUGAAUAUCUGCUUUUAAAGAAGUGUUAUCAUUAUUUUCGUAGGUUAAGUAAGAUUUCCGCAACUGGACAAAGUUCGAAAUGGCUGCGUUAAAAAAGCCGAAGAAUCUGAAACUACUAACCGUGCUAGUGCCCAGAUUUUGUCCGCAAGUGUCGGUGAGAAGAAACUUAAAUUUGCAGGAAUUCCACAGUAAGGACUUGCUCAAAAAGUAUCAAGUUUCUGUUCAAGACUUCCGAGUUAUUGACUCUAAACUUGACACUAAAGCACUGGCCGAUUUUAAGGCUGAUGAAUAUGUUGUAAAAGCUCAGAUUCUAGCCGGUGGUCGUGGUAAGGGCCACUUCGAUAAUGGCUUUAAAGGAGGUGUCCACCUGACCAAGAACCGCGAUGAAGUUAUAAAAUUAGCUAAGAAUAUGAUUGGACACAAAUUGAUUACCAAACAAACACCAAAAGAUGGGAUAAUGGUCGAGAAGGUAAUGGUUGCAGAGAGUGUAAACAUUGUGCGAGAGACAUACUUCAGUAUUGUGAUGGAGAGAUCCUUCAAUGGUGCCGCUAUAGUUGCGUCUCCCGCCGGCGGAAUGGACAUUGAGGCGGUCGCUGAAAAGACGCCACACUUGUUGAAGACUGUACCUGUUGAUAUCUAUGAGGGUGUCACAGACAAAUUAGCUAAUGAAAUUGCAGAAUUUUUGGAAUUCAAAGGAGCGCUAAAGGGAAAAUGUGCUGAAGAGAUUAAAAAGCUUUGGCAGCUCUUUUUGAAGGUAGAUGCCACACAGCUGGAGAUUAACCCUCUAGUAGAGACUGAUGAUGGCAGAGUGAUCUCUGUGGAUGCUAAGAUUAACUUUGAUGACAAUGCCAACUUCAGGCAGCAGGAAAUAUUUGCUCUUGAUGACUUAUCUGAGAGCGAUCCUAGAGAAAGAGAGGCUGCAGCUCUAAACAUUGUGUACAUAGACAUGGAUGGCAGCAUUGGCUGCAUGGUCAAUGGUGCUGGCCUUGCCAUGGCAACUAUGGACAUCAUCACUCUAAAUGGAGGCAAAGCUGCAAACUUCUUGGACCUUGGUGGUGGUGUAGGCCCUAAACAAGUGUCAGCUGCUAUGAGGAUCCUGGAAUCAGACCCUAAAGUGAAGACAAUCUUCAUCAAUGUGUUUGGUGGUAUUGUGGACUGUGCUACGAUUGCGCAGGGUAUUAUCACGGCGUGCAAGGAGCGCCUCCCUAAACACCCAAUUAUUAUCAGAUUAGAAGGCACCAACUCAAACCAAGCAAGAAAGGUGCUACAAGAGUCUGGUCUGCCACUUCAGAUCAUCAAGGAUGUUGACGAAGCAGCCAAAACUGCAGUUAAACUAGCACAGUAAAAAACAUUGAUUUCAUAAUGUUGAAUAUGUGCUCAAUUUGACAUUGAUUUACAUCAAAAUACACAUUUACUAACAUUCAACAAGACAGGUAUAAUCCGAAUUAUUUUUCUUCCUUGUAGUUCUCAUUAUCUACUUGUGCCAAAAGUCAUAAAAGAGCUCUCUUGAAAUGUGUUCAGUUAAUUAAAUCCUUGCACAAAUAUUUUGAAUUACCAUUACAUCAGUUGUAAAAUACAAAUUAAAUAGAAUAACAUAAUCCUUGUAGGCAAUAAGUGAGCCAGUUGAACGAAGGCAGCUUUAGUACUCCCAUGAUUUUAAUAACUGUUUUGUUAUACUACAUAGAAUUUACUAGACAAUAAUUUGCUGGAUUGAUAGGCAAUGUUAAAUAUGUCAGUCAUAAAGAUAGCUUUUUAUGUCCACCAACAUUUACGUAAGUCUUUAGUAUUAUGAAAUGGGCAAGCAAGCAGCAUUAGUUGCUUGUUGCAAUGUUGAUACAAGCUUUUAGAAAGGUUGCUGGAAACCCACAUAUACAUACUUAUAUAAGUGAGUACUACAAGUACAAGCUUUUUUCCCUAAGAAAUGUAUUAGAAGACUGAAUUUUUGUUUCUAAUUUGCUAACAAAAUUUGUAAAAGUACUUUAAAUGUAUUUAUGUAAAUCAAAUGUCUUGCCAUGAAUUUAUGUUAAUGUUUUGUAUAUAGUUUAUAAUAUAGAGCAAAUACUAA